AUGACCAAGGACUCGCCCAGCCCUUUGGGCGGGGGCCGCGCGACACCCAAGAAGCAGGCUACUCCGGGCCCGGCGGCGGUGGCGGUGCUGGAGGAGCAGAGGAGGGAGCUGGUGAAGCUGCGGGCCGAGCUGGAGGCGGAGCGGGUGCGCGGGCGAGCCGAGCGGCGGCGCUUCGCGGCCCAGGCACGCCAGCUGCGGGAGGAGGCCGAGCGGGAGCAGCAGCAGCUGGUUGACCACCUGCGCUCCAAGUGGGAGGCCCAGCGCGGCCGGGAGCUGCGGCAGCUGCAGAAGGAAAUGCUGCGGGAGCGCGAGGCCGAGAUCCGGCAGCUGCUGCGCUGGAAGGAGGCCGAGAUGCGGCAGCUGCAGCAGCUGCUGCACCGCGAGCGUGACGGCGUCGUGCGCCAGGCCCGGGAGCUGCAGCGCCAGCUGGCCGAGGAGCUGGUGAACCGCGGCUACUGCGGCCGCGCGGGGGCGCCCGAAGUCGCCGCCGCGCAGUGCCGCUGUCGCCUGCAGGAAGUGCUGGCGCAGCUCCGCUGGGAGACGGACGGCGAGCAGGCCUCGCGCAUCCGCCACCUACAGGCGGCCCUCGACGUGGAACGCCAGCUCUUCCUCAAGUACAUCCUGGAGCACUUCCGCUGGCACCCCGCUCUGUCCGGCGUCCCCGACCCCCAGGCGGUGGAAUCUUCGGAAGAGCGGUCCCCCGAGACCGCCGUAAAGUCCGCACGUCGACUCGAAUCCCUCGGCAGCCUGAAUGCGGGCACCCGCGCACGCUCCCGCUCCCUCGAACGGGUGCCCUCGGCGAGCUCCGGCUCCCCAGACAGCCUGCUCCCCGUGCGCGUCAGCUCCCUCGAUUCCUUGGCACCAGCGAGUUCCCGCUCGCUCGACAGCACCCUGAGUCGCCCCAAGGCCCCGGAAUCCUCCUCGCCAGAUGCCUCCAUCCUGGGCUCCCUGUGCCCCCCGCAGCCGCCACCAUCGGAGCACAGGAGACCUGACGACCCACCAGGAGGGGAAGAGUCCAGGAGCCAGACCUGCGAAGCCCUGACUCCUUUGUCGCCGGGCCAGGACUAUGGCGAGCUCGUGAAGCAGAACUCAGAGCUGACCGAGGCGUUGCAGGUGCUGGCCCUCCGCUGCUCUAGCCUCCGCGAAGAGAACCUGAAGCUGCGGCGCGCUGGCUUCCGCGACGAGGCGGACGAGAAGGUGAAGCGGCUCAAGGUGAAGCACGCCGAGCUAACUGGCCUCGCGCGACGCCUGGAGGACCGGGCCCGCAAGCUGCAGGAAACCAACCUGCGGGCUAUGAGCGCGCCUGUGCCCGGCGAUAGCCUUGCUGGCCUGGAGCUGUGCCAGGCCCUCGCCCGCCAACGCGCGCGGGACUUGUCGGAGCAGGCGAGCGCGCUGCUGGCCAAGGACAAGCAGAUUGAAGAGCUGCGGCAGGAGUGCCACCUGCUGCAGGCGCGUGUCGCCUCAGGCCUCAGCAGCGCACAGCUCCCUGGCGGGGGCGCCGCCUGCGCCCUGUGGCUUAACGUCAGCGACUUGGACCGGUUGCAGCGCGAGUCCCAGCGGGAGGUGCUGCGCCUGCAGAGGCAGUUAACACUGCAGCAGGCCGCCAGCCACGCCCGGGAGGAGGCAGGCGGCCAGAGCGCGCCCCGCGAGGAGGCGCGGCGCCAAGUGGAGGCGCUGGAGCUGGAGCUGGGUGCGCGGCGGCGAGAGUGCGAGGAGCUGGGCGCGCAGGCGGCGGCAGCGCAGAGACGCGGCGAAGAGGCCGAGGCACAGCUGCAGGCGGCGCUCCGCCAGGGCUCCCGGCUGGCCACGGAGAACGCACGGCUGCAGGCCCAGGCCGACUGGAGGCGGAAGGUGGCGGCCGAGAACGACGAUGUGCGCGGGCAGCUGGGCCGCGCGUGCCAGGAGCGCGAUGCCGCCGGCCUUCUGGCCGGGCAGCUGCUGCAGCAGGCGGCUCAAGGGCAGGACAGGCAGCAACAGCUGCAGCACGAUCUGCAGAAGGCCCUGUAUGAUCUCCAGGCUGCCCGGGAGGAGAUGCGGGCACUGCAGUGUCAUCCUGGUCACCUUCCCCAGGAACUCCAGGGGGGCCCCCAGGCCCCAGAAUCCCAAGUGAAAAGUUGGGAAAGAACCAAGUUUCAGCCAGAGCCUGAAGACCAAGCAUCAUCCCAGCCCAGCAGGGACAAACAAGAGAAGAAGGGAGACUCCCUGCAGGAGAACCCAUUUGCCCUCAGGGAGCCAGCCAGUGCCCCCCAAGUGCCAGACAGAGGUCCAACCAGCCAACCUCUGGACUCCAGCCCCCACACCAAGAAAACCAGCUCCCAGUCGAACUCCUCCUCUGAGGUGGAGUCCAUGUGGGCCACUGUGCCAUCUUGCCCCACUCUAGAUGUGGACACAGCCAGCGAGGUGGAGGACCUGGAGCCAGAUAGUGUGCCCUUGACCCUGGAAGUGGGGGGCUCAGAGGCCCCUGCCACUCCCAAGCUCAAAGUCUUCCUGGCUCGGUAUAGCUACAACCCAUUUGAGGGGCCCAAUGAGUACCCUGAAAGUGAGCUGCCCCUCACGGCUGGGGAUUAUGUAUUUAUCUUUGGGGACAUGGAUGAGGAUGGCUUCUAUGAAGGGGAGCUGGAGGACGGCCGGCAGGGGCUGGUGCCAUCCAACCUGGUGGAGCAGAUUCCAGACAGCGACAUCCUGGGCUGCCUGCCCCCUGAGUCCCCUGACCAUGGCCCCACUCGACUCCCAGCCAGGCAGGGCAAAGCUUCCAAAGAUGACAGUGGUCACAGCCUAUUACCUGGGAAAGCGCAGGGGACAGUGGACAGGGGGCCAUGCCAGAUAGUGUGGGUGGGCUCUGAGACAGGAGUGGCAAGAGAGAGCUCAGAUGCCAAGACGGAAGACUGCUGGCUGGGCUCUUGGCAGAGUGUGGACGAACAAGGCUUCUCCAAACCUCUUCUGGGAGCCAACCAGAUCCUUUGUGUGGCCCCCACACAACUUCGUCUGAGAAGUAUUGCAGCCACAUCGGCCGAGAUCACCUGGGGUGGCAGCAGCUACCCCCACAUGGUGUACCUUGGUGAUGUGGAGUGCACCCAGACCCCAGCGGGUGUGAGCUGCUACACCUUCCACCACCUGCAUCCUGGCACGAGGUACCAGGCGCGAGUGGAGGUGCGCCCACUGUGGAACUCGCUGCAAGUGCGCUGGGAAAAAAUGUCCUCCACCAUCACCUUCAACACUCCCUUGGCAGGACCCCCUGACCCACCACUGGAUGUGCUGGUGGAGCGCCACACCUCCCCAGGCCUCCUGGUGGUGAGCUGGCUCCCUGUGACCAUCGAUUCGGCAGGGUCCUCCAACGGCGUCCAGGUCACUGGCUAUGCUGUGUAUGCCGAUGGGCUCAAGGUCGCAGAGGUCACCGAUGGCACUGCUGGGAGCACCCUGUUGGAAUUUUCCCAGCUUCAGCUGCCCCUGAUGUGUCAGAAGAUUUCAGUAAGAACCAUGUCGCUUUGCGGUGAGUCCCUGGAUUCGGUGCCCGCUCAGAUCCCUGAGGACUGCUUUUCCUGUCUCCAAUGUCCAAAGACUUCUCCCUUUAGCUACACCUGUGGGGACCCAUCCACCUGCAGAGUCACCUUCCCCAUCUGGCCUCAGAGGCUGGCGCUGGCUCCCCUGAGUGCCAAGUUCAGCCCCCACACCUCUGGAAGCUGCGGGGAGCCCCAGGCCCAGUUCCCAGAAGCAUUUCCUGAAGAACCCCCAAGGAGGCAGUCCCUGAUGCCCAAACUGAGAUCAGAGGGACAAUGUCCAAGUGCAGGGUUGGGCAGCCAAGCCCAGGGGCCCACAGAGCCCCAGGAGCUCUGCAUGAAGGACCUGCUCUUUCAGAAGGAUCCCCAGAACCACAGGCUGCCCCUGCCCAGAGGCCAGGCUUGGGGAGAAAACUGCUACCAACACACAGGCACCAGCCCGAGCCCUGCUCUGGGAGGCACCCGUCUGUCUCCUGAGUGUGGGCCCCGGAAGGAGCCAUGUCAGAAGAAGACUGUCCAUGAGAAGGUCCUCAGACAAAAGCAAGAUGCCCCUGUGUCUGCCCCUGCCCCACUGGGUGCCAGCCAACGAUACAUGUCUGACUUCUGUGACAUUUUGCAUGAGGAAGUUGGGCACUUGUGUCUGUGGGCCACAGAGGGGCAAGAGCAGAGGAAGGAGCUUAGGAGCCAGAGUGGGCGAGGUCAGGCUCUGGGGGGCAAGAGAGAGUGCUGGCUCCGAGAGCCCAGCUUGGCGCUGUAUUCUGCUCCAUCCAGCAAAGCCAUCAGGAUGUCCAGGGCUGACCCCCCUGCACUGGGAACGAGGGUGGACUCCCCAGCCAGGGUCUUGGUGGCCCUCUCUGAUUAUGACCCCCUGGAGAUGUCUGCCAGCCCUGAGGCUGCAGAGGAGGAGCUGGCUUUCCAGAAAGGGCAGUUAUUGAAAGUGUGGGGCGAGCAUGAUGGGCAAGUGGGCAAUAGCCCUGAGCACUUGGUGGCCGAGGCUGAGGUGGGCACAGAGUGGACUGGCAGGAGGUGGCAUUUGCCGGGACAAGGGCCUCUGCCCUCUGGGGCCCGCAUUGACGACUUUGAGGGACUCACCAGCCCCCUGGGCUCCUUCCCCAUGCCUCUGGGGAGCUCCAGGAGGCCCUCCCUGUGGACCCCAACCACCAUGAUGGCGGCUCUGGACUAUGACCCCAGGAACGGGCAGGCAGGGGGCUCGGUGAAGGGCAAACUGUCCCUGAGGGUGGGGGAUGUGGUCACAGUCUAUGGGCCUGUGGAUGACAAGGGAUUCUACUAUGGAGAGUCAGGUGGCCACAGAGGCCUGGUCCCAGCUCACCUGCUGGACCACGUGUCCCUCCACAGAGUGAGCAUAGCUCCCUGCCAGGGCAGGGACCUCUGGCCACCCUCGCCCACAGGGACCACCACCAGCACCCUCCCCACUUCCAUGAGCAGCUCGUGCUCCACGAGGCCCCCUGCAGAACUGACGGCAGCCCAGGCCUCCCCUGGUCUCCAGAGUAGCAGGGCAGAAGUCUAAACUGAGUUGCUUCCAAAAGAAAGCCAGCAGCCCCCUGAGAGGUGGGCAGGCCGGUCUCCGUGGCGGGUGUUUGGAGAAGUGCCUCUCUCUGCAAUCUGUCAGUAGGCGUUCUCCUUAGGAGUUUAGCCUUAUUCACCCAUUGCCUUGUAUGAACAUCUCAAGAAAAGCCGCCUCUUAAAAAGAAAAAAAGUGACCUGAAUGUUAUUUUUCUAUCUUAUGUUCAACUCCUCAUUAAAAUGU